CUUGAUUUCUUAGGUAUAUACCUCAAUUCGUAGAUGCCUUAGAUAAUACCAAUUCCCCUUUCCCGGGCUGAUGUCCUUCACCUGAUGCCCUCCACCGAGCCCGGCUAGGAUGGGGGCGCGCCUCAGCAGCCGUCCAGCUGAAGGUCCUGACUCCUUAAGCACACGUCAACGCGGUUUUAGUUCAAUUUGUUUUAAGUAGUCUUCGCCCUGAGAAUAUUAUACCCCUGGGCUUUUUUUUCCAUGAGACCUUUUCCCCUUUUUACCCGAAUCUAGCGCGCCAAGCCAUUUUGUUAGGAUGUUUAACAUCAUGAGGCCUCAUAUAUGUUAUAUAUGGUAAUAUGCAGAGCUUCUAUAUGUUCGCCCUCGUCCAAGGUUAAUUCUAUCGCCAGCGUCUUUCCGCAAAGCCGCAGUAGUAUAUACGUUAUUUGUAAUGCCUUUUCUUCAUAACUCAUUACUAUGGCUUUUAGUCCUAUGGCUACAUUUGGCCCAGUGCCAACCGGACAUCCGCAACUCGUCAACCGAUCUUGUUCCUAUUUAUCAGCCUCACUUAUCGAACCUUAGACAGAACCCUGCGCUCUUCAACCCAGCUCUGGGAGGACAGGAUUGGAGGAUGUGUUGUAGCUUAGUUGUUAACGAAAGCCUUGUUAUCGAAAACAAUACGCUCUAUAUUCGUCCUGGACAAACCUUCUUCGCGGGUACCAUCAACGAUCUUGAAGAGUUUCCUAGAUACCCUUGUGGCGCACAAUACAAUGGGACCCUAUCGGCGCCUCAUCAACAAUUCUGGAUGUCGUACUCUUGGUGUUACAACCAUUGCCCAGGAUGGCCGGUUACAAGGGCAGACGACCUCGGAAAAUGGCUGAAGCCCCUGAUUGCAUUUAUACUGCCGUCGCUUAUUUUUUGCCUCAACGUCCCUCGCCGCCGACGGCUUGACCUGCCAAUCACAUUGUUCUCCGGUGGAUUUAUCGAUAUUUCAGACCUGCCCCUUUUUCUCAUCAAGGUUCCGCUUGCUUCUUUAAUUGUUACGGUAGAUAUUAUCAUUUGGACAUGCGUCGUGUUCUCGGUGGCCAGUCCGAUGAUCACAUCGGGCAUAUACGAGGCGCUUCUUGAUGCCCGGGUUCUGUCGUAUCUGGAAAGUCGGAGCAAGGAAAACACCCUCUCUGCUAAGGAAAAGGCACAUACCCUCCUUUCGAUCUUGAUCGGUAACCUCGAUAUUAAGGCCUGGCGCUUGAGCAGCCUAUUUGUGCACGACGUUCCUGGGGGUAUCUUUCGAAGAAAGCCUAGUACUCAAUACCUGCAAACAAAUCUAGAUACUCCUCGAUCUUUGGGCUUAAUUACGCCAAGCCACUCUCAAGAUGCCAGCGCUUCAAAUGCGCCAACGGAAGUUACUGUAGCAGGGCGAUUUGGACAGUUGUCGUAUAGUGUUCAACAACACCGCAGCAUCGUUGCUAUUAAGUGGCGGCUGUUAGCCAUGUUAGACUCGCAAAUCAGUUUCGGUACUUCAGUCGGCGCCCCAGUUCUAUUUUAUAUCGCAUCGUUCAUUUGGUCGGUGUAUGAAGUUAAUCAGGAAUUAGGCUCUUAUGUAACUGCACAUCAAUUGGCAGCUGGAAUGUUUUGGAUGACGAUACCUCACGUCGCUCUUGUUAGUUGCCUACUCCUCGCCGGUAACAAUCCAAAUAUCUGGCAAAAUGCGGUUGCCGGGUCCUUACUUACGUCCGACCCGGUUACCCCUAUAAAUUCACCGAGACUGGUCGACAGCGAUCUAGAGUCAGAUCUCAGCGGAGUUCAAAAUCAUGAUGGUCAAGAGUUUACUUCCAAAGAUCCAAAGGCGAUCAGAUAUACCAGAUCAGUUAUAUCUAGAUUUGUGAAUCGCAUCUUUGGAUUGGCAUAUAAGGAAUCUAGAUUCAAACCGGCGUGGAUGUGGAAUAGGGGAUCAAACAAGGCCAUGUGGAUAGGGAAGCUUGCUGAAGAAUACCCAUAUCUCCGAGGUAUGCGCGAAGAAGUAUUAGACAAAAGCUUCAAAAAGGAUCUGUGGACUUCGGGGUUUUACGGGUUCAUCCUUUACUUCGUACCCACGUUCUUCAGCGUGCUAGUCAGCUAUACUACUCCUCAACCUGGAUUCGGAUGUCGCUCGCUUCUAGUAUUUGCCUACGGCGUAUCGCAACUAAUCCUUCAGUUAUUAUGGCUGAUACGUUGGUAUUUCUCUAAGCGUGGUACACAAGAAAAGAGCAAUAACACCUUGUAUACCGUGGUAAAGUCAGCCUCAAUCUAUCUAUGGUAUUUCUUUUUCCUGUUUGCGAUCUUUCUUGGAGCUUUCACUAGUAUCGGCGGGACAAUAUUCGUACUGACGAAUGUCUUGACCAAUUGUUUCUGUGCACUUCCAGCUAAGUACUGGAUAGACCGUUGGACAAACCCCGACGCACUCAUAUUCGUCGAUGAUUCUACGUGGGAACAACUAUAUUACGCUGAGAAGUGGUGGUUCCCGGCUGGAGUAGUAGGUGUGGUUUUCAUGACGAUAGUUGCAUAUAUCGGAUGGUGGUAUCAACGGAGUUUGCGCCAGCGCUACUGCGACUUGGUAGACAAGAUUGACCAUAUUAGCGAGUUGGAGUUUGAAGCCGAAGAAGGAUCAGAUACCGAUGUUAGACAUACUGGGCAGCCUCUCACCGGUACGUUCUAUCGUCUUUAAUAAUUUGGUUUUUUUUUUAAAAAAAAAAAGAAAAGAAGAAAAAUAACUUAUAAGAAUCAAGCACGCUUAGGUUUGAUGCAGUCUCUAGGCUUAUAAUAAAAGUUUUUUUUUAAUACUGUCACCUUGGAAUAAGAGCAGCAGUAUGGUACCAGGUACCUACCUACCUAGGUACUUGUUAUAGCAGCACCAACAAACAAGCUACCAUCACUAAUGUGACCAUCUACCUAAGAUACCCGGUACCUUACCUUGCCUUAGGUACUUGUACUUAUUCUCAUAGCCCCAUAAUCCUCCAAGUGCUCCUGCCUGGUGAAAGGGGGAGGAGGUUCAUGAUAGUUAUCUAUACCAGCUUAUCCAAGGUGGUGUUUCAAACAAGAUACCGCGAUGGAGAGAACAC